CUGGAGGCUGCGAUCUCGGCUACCUUCUAAGUGUGGCUGGGCCCCCGAAUCCAACCGGCGCACGGAGCCCUCCGCUCCGCGGCUCGCGGGGGCGCCGAGGUUGGAGUCGGCAGCUGGGCUCCCACCCCAGCACGCCGAGGCCAGGCUCCCUCCCGCCUGUCCCUGAGUGCUCCCCACGACGUCAGGCGGUGCUCUCGCCCCUCCCCGGGGGGAACCCCAGCGGCAGAACCGGCUCCCAGGGCGGGGGGGCCGUGGGAGGCUCCCGGACCGGUUAGAAGCCCCGCAGGCCGGUUGCCCUGUCCUCCUCCGCCUCGCACACUUGUGCCUGCCUGUUAGUUAAAAACAAGGGUGCGGGGUGGGAGGGGCCCGCAAAGAGGGCCGCGCCCCAGCGAGCCCUGCAGUCCCCCCGCCCUCACCGCUGCGGAGGGGACGCGGCAGGGAGGCGGGGAGCUGCUGGGUGGGAUUGGCGUCCCUCGCGGUCUCAGCGCCCCCUCUCGGCCCAGGGCCAGGCGGCGUCCUGCGGACUCGCGCCUCCCGCUCCGCCGGCAGGAGGGACGCGCCUGCGGGGCGGCGGGGCCCGGCGACCUUGGCGGGUAGGCUGUGCGCCCUCGCAGGCGGCCCCUUCCCGGCGCAGCUCUCCAGCCUCUUUCCCCGGAGCAUCGGCGCCGCCCAUGGCGGAGGGGCUCGAGCCAAACCUCGGGGCGGCCGAUGGCGCGGCGGCCCGAGACGUGGAGACCCCGGGCUGGCACGUUCCCGAGGACGCGGGCCCCCCGCCCGGAAGUUACGAGAUCCGACACUAUGGACCAGCCAAGUGGGUCAGCACUUCCGUUGAGUCUAUGGACUGGGAUUCAGCCAUUCAGACUGGCUUUACCAGGUUGAAAAGCUACAUUCAAGGCAAAAACGAGAAAGAGAUGAAAAUAAAGAUGACAGCUCCAGUGACAAGCUAUGUGGAGCCCGGUUCAGGUCCUUUUAGUGAGUCUACCAUUACCAUUUCCCUGUACAUCCCCUCUGAGCAGCAACUGGAUCCGCCCCGGCCAUCAGAGUCAGAUGUCUUCAUUGAAGAUAGAGCUGAAAUGACUGUGUUUGUACGGUCUUUUGAUGGGUUCUCUAGUGCCCAAAAGAAUCAAGAACAACUUUUGACAUUAGCAAGCAUUUUGAGGGAAGAAGGAAAAGUUUUCGAUGAAAAGGUUUACUACACUGCAGGCUAUGACAGUCCCUUCCAAUUGCUUAACAGAAAUAAUGAAGUGUGGUUGAUUCAGAAAAAUGAGCGCUCCAAAGAAAAUGAAUGAGAACAUGAAAGGAGUUUCCAUUGCCAGGGGCAAACUUCUGUUUCCUAUAGAUGUCAACUCCACCUGUAAGUCAAAUGUGCAUCUAGAAUCUCCGCCUGAGAGCACUGCUAUGAAUCAAGCUUAUCUCCAAUGUGCCUUUUUAAUGCCUGAAGCUUUAUCUAGUUACACAGGUAACAGGUGACUGUAUUCUAUAACCGUGCAAAGCAGUCAUAUCUCUGGAGGUCUUCAUUUCAAUGAGGCACCAGGGUGAAUCACAUUACGCCCCUCUUCUCCACUGUGUUACAAUCAUAUUGCCUUUUUCUACUUGGAUUUGUGUCAGUUGGAUAUUACCCUCUCCAGAUAUUAGUAAAAAUGCUGAAGAUUUAUCCUGUGUGAAAAUACUCAGCUGCUAGAUGGGGAAGUUGAAGUUUGUUUGAAAUAAAAAUCAAAUUGUCGUUGGCGGGUGCCACUGUUAGAUUCGCUGUUGAGUCCUCUUCAUCAUCUGCCUACUACCCCCAGCACACAAGAAAAUUCUCAUAGUACCCAGAAGUGUUGGUAAUAUUUCAUGAAAAAGUAAAUUUAUGAAGUUAGGGACUUCCUAUUUCCUAUUUCCUACUUCCUCAAUGAAGGCUUUUUUUUUUUUCUGAAGAAAUGUAUACAGACAUUAAUUUUAAAAUCCACUUAAAUUCUUUAAACAUUUCACAUAAUAUUUCUGGAGGUUGUAUAAAAAUUAGUUAUUGCUAAGUUGGCCAUAGGGAUGGUAGGACAGCAUGGAGAAGAGUCAGUGAUUCUAUAACAUCUUUCUACCUUGAAAGAUAGUAACCACACUGCAGGGGAUGAGGAUUUGAUAAUGUGGGUAACUGUUGAACCACUGUGGUGUACAUCUGAAACCAGCAUAAGAUUGUAUAUCAACCAUACUUUGAUUUUAAAAAAAUCAGUUAUUGCAAGAGAGGGUUGCCCCAAAAAUCAAGUAGGUUGAAAUCCUCACCUUAUUGUGUUGGAACAUGCUUGUCCUGGAGAAGACAGUUGCAUUCAGUCACCUGGAAGGCCGCUAUGGGAAGGGCACUGACUUCCCUGUGGGCUCUUAGAAAAUGAUGGUUGUAGGAGUGAAGGAGAAAAGCAGGAUGGAGUUCAGUAACUUUCAAACAUUAAAGCUGCCCAUGAAUGACACUACUUCCAGGUCACAUCAUUGUGCGUUUAAGCAGAGACCAUGAGAGGGAUUUGAGUAUCCGGUGGGUAAGAGGAUGGAGCCAGGUGAUGAUGCUUCAGGUCCCUUUUAUCCCAGCAUUACAUUACAUAAUACCAUUGUAAUUUUAAUAUUAAAACUAACCUCUCUAACCUGGAUAAAAUAGCCAUACCUACGAUCAGUGGUUUCCAUGGCUGACAUUUAUGGGUUACCUUCCAGGCGCACCAUUCUAAGUGCUUCACCUGAAAUACCAGAUUUGACACUCAGAAAAUGCUGUGUGCUACACUGUAGCAUCUCCAUUUUACAGAUGGGAACAUUGAGGCACAGAGAUAGUAGAUAACUUGCCCCAAUGGAAACUAAAGAAAGAGGCUGAACUGAGCCCAAGCGGUGUGACUCCUGGAUCCAUGCUGUUAACCACUACGCCCACUGGCAGACGUCUGUGCAAGAGCGCAGCUUUCCCAGGCCGUGUGUGUUCUUCCUGCAAAGCAGACGUGCAUGAUCCAUGCGAUUAUAACCCCAGAGGCACCUUUUAGACUGUAAUUUUUUAUAUAAAACUGGAUAGAUUACUGGUUUUUAAAUUAUUAUGGAUAUAAAUCUUUAAAUCUCAGACAACUAUAUCCCCAAGGUAAUUGCUUGCAUUGAUUAUUUAUUGACUGCAUUUUUAUGCUUACCAAAAAGAAAUUAAAUUUCUUCUUUUUUAAAAUUCA